UCGAAACUUUCACGUAUUUUUCCACGUUAUUUCUCUGAAUUUUCUCACUCCCAAACACGUUUUGUUCACCGUCAAAAUUUCAAAAGAAAAAAAAAAGAGGAAGAAAUAAAGAAUCGCUGAAAAUUUUCUGGGCAUCCAAGCAAAGGAUCUGCUGAGCGGUGGUUUUCAUCAAGACCUGUAUCACCAAGUUGCUUUGACUUGGAUAACAAUUUUAGAUCUUUCAUCGUGGGUUUUUGUCCUCCAUUUUUAGUGACAUUGAUCUCGGAGCUGGUGAAGAAGAGGUUUUAGAAAGGGGGAAAGGUCAAAGCUUUGAUCAGAUGGCUCAGUCGGUUGGUCCAAGGCUGUAUAGUUGCUGCAAUUGCAGGAACCAUGUUGGCCUUCACGACGAUAUCAUCUCCAAGGCCUUUCAGGGAAGAACAGGGAGAGCCUUCUUGUUCUCGCACGCGAUGAACGUGGUGAUAGGGCCAAAGGAAGACCGGAAUCUCCUUACGGGUCUCCACACAGUGGCUGAUGUGUCUUGUGCAGACUGCAACGAAGUGCUUGGAUGGAAGUACGAGCGAGCAUACGAGGCCUCGCAAAGGUACAAGGAGGGCAAGUUCAUACUCGAGAAGGCGAAGAUUGUGAAAGAGGAUUGAUCGGUAGUAACCGUUGUUAUCAAAGAACAAUGCUGAAUUCAUUCUUGGGUUUGGCUCGAAAAAACAAAUGUACAUGAAUCAUUUGGCUUCGUCGAUGUCUAGUGAUGUCGAUCUUCCAACGACUUCGAUUAUGCUCCAAUGUAUUAGUAAGGAUUUCUCUGUUAAUAGCUUCCUGAUGUGUCUUUGAUAUA